AUGCAGACCGUUCCCAGUCUCGUAGGCACUGGCACUGCGGUUGCUGGAGCGGCACUCGGUCUGGUUUUUGCUCAUCCAGAUGAUACGAGUUCCACCCAGCCUUUUUCCACAUACAGGAGGAAACAAGCCUCAGACCAAGACAUUCCUCCGAAUCAACCAUUGAGCAGCGCCGCCCCUGUCUCAUCUCGUCCCGGCACCAGUUCUCUCGCCCAGCCGCCGGCACCAGACGAACGCUUCGGCACUCUUUCCCCCAACUUCUCCUUCGCCUCUAAACCGAACGAAACCUCGUCGCGUCCCAGUCGCCCGCUGAGCCAGCACUUCAACUUUCCGCCCUCGUUCCUGCAUAGCAGAAGGGCCUCUCUUGUGCAGGGCGACCCAGCUUCGCCUACCCUGGCCGAGGACUCGAGAGAAUCCGUUUCGUCCAACGGCUCGUGGAUGAGGCGACUGUCUCUGCGACCAUUGUCACAGCACGGAAGCAUUCGGUCAAGCCUUGGUUUUGACAACCAGUCGGUUGCCUUCUCAAACACCUCGGCCGCUCCGAUUCUCUCUCCUACCGGUUCGAUUCCCUCGCAGCUGCCACCCAAUAAACUCGUCAAGCGGCCGCCCUCAGCGCACCAAAAUGGUCCUGUAAUGCGCCGUCGCUCGCGGACGCACCUUCCCAGCCUUCGCCGCCCCGCGACAAGCCACCAGAGAUCCGCUACUCUGCACCAGAUUCACCACGACGUUCACGUUGUUGAGCCCAUAGCCGAACCCAAGUUCUCCUUCGAUCAAUACAACUUUCCCGACCCAGAAGCCACCCCACGACCACCCAAGGAAGGCAACAAAGACGAGACGUCGCCCAAGGCCGAAACAAAAGCAUCAGCCAAGUGGACGUCUUUUUUUCACUCUCGCAGGGCCAAUGUUAUUUCGCGAAGCACUCCCGAUCGCUUAAUUGACCGCAGCCCCAGCACCAGAUCGUCAACGACGACUCAACGCAUCUUGGUACCCGGCGAAGACGCGCAUAAUAUAUAUUUAAUCCGUGGUGCUAUGCUCGGCGACGCUGCUGUCCCUCAAUCGUCUAACGAGACGCCGACAACUGACGAAGUGACGAGGGACAUUGAAGAUUUGAAAGACGAAGCCACUACGCAGAAAGAGACCUCAAAGGAAAACGAAAACGAAAACGAUCAAGAUACCCCUUCGACGCCAGGAGACACGCCGACGAAGCGCACGCGGCGGUCCAUGAUGCAUUUCACCUCACCGAACUGGGUGCAGCGGGCGGGUAGCAUUCGGCGUUCAAAGCGCGGGGAAUCAAAAGGUGGGAACAAGCGGCAUGUGUCUGCACCUGCGACGACAACCCCUGGUCACACCCAAGACGACCUCGACCUCGCUGCGCCUGCUGCAGACAACACCUCCCCGGCGCAAAACAAUCAGCCAGCCACCGACUCGGACCCCGCAACCGCCACUCACCUCCAGCCGCGCAGUCGCAACACUUCGUCGCCCUUGCCGCCUCUUUCGCGUCUUUCUAGUUUCAACGUCGACGUGUCCCGACUUGGCUCAUCGGGAGGCCCCGUGCCUUCGCCGCGUUCUACUCAGCCGUCCGGUAGUUCUCAGAGCUCCGCGGCUCUCGCUGCUUACUAUCGCAGCGCUGGAACCGAUCGAAGCUCGACCAUGAACAGUUCCGAUCUGGAGGCGAGAGACUUCAUCUUAGGCGACGAUGACGACACAGAUUUCAAGAGUGACACAAUGUUUGACUCUCUGCGCACAGCAGCGUCUGCCAUCAACCGCUUGGAGACUCCGACAGAAUCCAUGUUCGACGAAUCUCCACCAGGAACUGCCGUCGCCACCAAAACCAAGCGAUUAUCUAUCCAGGAAAUUCUAGGCCAUUCCUGGGAUGUUGAUGACAGGAUCAUGGAGGAGGAUGAGAGCAUCCCGACGCCAGUUCGUGUCAAUCACGAACCCAGAAUACGCCCGGAUUCAGAUGUCAUGGUGCCGCGCUACAGUAUCGAGCGCCCAUCCAACGAAUAUUCCCUCGGGAGCAAGGAUUUUGGUCGUCUGUCACUAGAGGAUGAUUUCGAUGAUGACUGGGCUCGCGACGAGGAUGAGAUGGCAUACAGUAAUCAGCUAUCCCCUCCAAGCUCCAUGAACUCGCGCGGCGUCAGCCCUAAUUUGCGCAUGGCUCUCGCUAGCAUUAGCGGCAACGGCAAUGUUGACACCGGAAAUGACGUUAGCGAGAGGCCCCGGAGCAACAUCUUCGACUGGAGUGAACCAAACAACGACAAAGCCGACAAUGGCAGCUCAUUCCGCCCGAAAACUGCCUACGGCAAAGGUCUCGAUAUCAGAGGUGGCCGUACGGCCAUCCGGAAAGGACCCACUGCGAUGCAUGUUCGCAGUCAAAGUGUACCCGUUGUUCACGACGCUGCCGAGACAGCCUCGAUAGCAUCUCAAAAGUUCGGAACCUGGGGCCUGGGCACGAAGACCGUCAGCGAAGACUGGGACGAUGACUUUGAAUUUGGCGGCAACGAGUCAGAGGAUAAAGACACCGACAGCGCAUUCGGUAUGGUGGUGCCCGCCUCUAUCCAGGCGUCUCAACCGAGUCUGAAGCAGCAUUCCGGUCACAUCCGGGAGUUCUCUCUGCUUGUCAAUGAUCUUAAGCGUCUAUGUCGCCAUGGCAAAGACUUGGACAUGCUCGGCGGUCUCAACGCUGGUCUCUGGGAAGAAGCUGAGGGUAUCAUCGCCCUGGCAUCUCCCGAUGAGGAUGAGCUGGAGGGGAUGGAUGUCGACUCAUCGUCCGUGAUGAGUGAGCGAUUCAUGGAAGGAUUCGAUGCCGCAUCACCCGCUCCUAUCGAAAAAGAAGACCCAUUUGACGAAGUCCACGAGAUCAACGUUUCCAAGACUGCCGUUAUUCGCGAACGACCCGCCGGCCGUCGCCGCUCUGUUUUCUCUCCUGAUGACGACAUAUUUGGCGGGAACAGCCCGGCUCCCGAUGACCUCCCUCCCCCCCGUCCGAAAACGCCCGAGAACAACAUCAACAUGGGAGGACACGAUGUCACGGACAUCGUUAGAUCCGUGCUUGAUGCCAUGCAGCAACGGACUGCUGCAGAGCCAGCCCGCGAUGAUAAGCUUCACUUCGGCACGAACAGCCUGAAAGCUCUCGUCAAGCGGGCUGGUGAUCUGCGGGACACCCUAUCAGAAGUUGUGCGCCGCGCAGAUCAGUUGACCUCCAGCCCUGCGCGAACGCCUCGGCAACAUAGUGACAGUCCGGCUUUCACCAGGGUGUUUACCCCGGAGCACACACCGUCCCCAUCGAGCCCGCCCAAGAAGCUCCCUCACAGUCGGAGCACAAACUCGGUUCUCAGCCGGGGAUCUGUUGAUGCAUCGCCAUCAAGUGGUCUGCAACGCAUGCAGAUGAUGACUGUCAGCUGA